GACGCAUCCCUGCCCAGCUGAGCCUGGUGCGGCCCUAGGAGAGCCCCCACCCCCUCUUUCUCCGCCUCUCCACUCCCACCCAGCCCGGGGCCAGGCAGGCAGCAGGACAGCGGGCGGCGCCACUCAGCCUCUGGAGCCCGUACUGGUCACUGCCGGCGCGGGACUGCUCCUCGACCAGCAUCCCCGUCCGCAGGCAGAGGGCACAAUGGCCUUUUCGUGGUCCUUGACCCUGGCCUUCGCCACCACUCUGGCCUUUGCCCGGCCCCCGAACAUCAUUCUGAUCUUUGCUGACGACUUGGGCUACGGGGACCUGGGCUGCUAUGGCCACCCCAGCUCAUCCACACCCAACCUCAACCGAAUGGCAGCCAAGGGGCUCCGCCUAACCGACUUCUAUGUGCCUGUCCCACUGUGCACCCCGUCUAGGGCAGCACUGCUGACUGGAAGGUACCCUGUCCGCUCAGGGCUCUACCCAGGAGUCCUAUACCCUGGCUCCCUGGGUGGGCUUCCCCUGGCUGAGGUGACCAUGGCUGAGGUCCUGGCUGAAAGGGGCUACCUCACUGGGAUGGCUGGCAAGUGGCAUCUGGGGGUGGGGCCCAAUGGCUCCUUCUUGCCCCCACACCAAGGAUUCCACCACUUCCUGGGAGUCCCCUACUCCCACGAUCAGGGCCCCUGCCAGAACCUGACCUGCUUCCCACCAGCCACCCUCUGCUAUGGAGGCUGUGACCAGGGUGUCGUCCCCAUCCCCCUGAUGGCCAACCUGUCUGUGAAGGAGCAGCCCGCCUGGCUGCCUGGACUGGAGAAGCAGUAUGUGGCCUUUGCCCAGAACUUCAUGGUAGAUGCUGCCCGCCAAGGCCGCCCUUUUUUUCUCUACUAUGCCUCCCAUCAUACCCACUACCCCCAGUUCGGUGGAGAAACCUUUGUGGGACGCUCUGGCCGAGGACCAUUUGGGGACGCCUUGAUGGAGCUGGACUCGGCUGUGGGGACACUGCUGGAUACCGUGGAGAACCUUGGACUAAGCGAAGAAACGCUGGUCUUUUUUACCGCAGAUAAUGGCCCCGAGACCAUGCGUAUGUUCCGGGGUGGCUCCUCUGGCCUUCUCCGGUGUGGAAAGGGGACGACCUAUGAGGGUGGUGUCCGAGAGCCCGCUUUGGCCUUCUGGCCAGGCCACAUCAUGCCAGGGGUCUCCCACGAACUAGCCAGCUCCCUGGACCUGCUGCCCACCAUAGCUGCUCUGGCUAGUGCCCGGCUACCCAAUGUCACCCUAGAUGGGGUAGACCUGAGCCCCAUUCUGCUGGGCACAGGCAAGAGCUCAAGGAAGAAUCUCUUCUUCUACUCUCCGGCCCCUAAUAAAGCCCAAGGUGUCUUUGCCAUCCGGCGGGGGAAGUACAAGGCACAUUUCUUCACCGAGGGUUCUACACACAGUGACAUGGUUGCUGACCCAGCCUGUCAUGCCCUCACCCCGCUGACUGCCCAUGAUCCACCGCUUUUGUUUGACCUCGAGACUGACCCUGGUGAGAACUAUGAACUUGGGAGCCAUGGUCCCAAGGAGGAGAUGACAGUAAUCCAAGAGACCAUGAAAGAGAUGCAGCUGCUCAAGGCCGAAUUUGAUGCUGCCAUGACUUUCGGAGAAAGCCAGAUGGCCCAAGGCAUAGACCCAGCCCUGGAACUUUGCUGUCGAUCAGGCUGUUCCCCCAGGCCAGAAUGCUGUAACUGUCCUGGCCCUUAAUGUGACACCUCCCCCAAGUGAUUGUAUGAAUGACCUGGUGUCUUUCAGUGUGCCUGCAGCCCCGUUGACCACUAAUCCUUCAAACUGCCAUUCAAGGACUACUCUCUGACUCUGGGGAGCAGGGGCACACAUCCACACAAAUCUCAAGCUCAGGUCGCUCCACUGGUUACUAAGCACAUGCCACAAUUAGGGACUCACUGGCCAGUGGCUCAGACAUCUCAGGCAGACAGUUCUCCAUGCAGCACAUUGAAGUAACAUUUUCCCUAUGGGUUGGGUUUUCUUCUGAAAGCUGUGGUAGGAAAUUCCCACAUCCAUCCCUGGCUAAUUGAUGCUGCUUUCCAGUAGGGAGCACAGGCCACACAACUGGGUUCACUGUCAUGCAUGGAAUAGCUGGGAGAUUGGAUGAAAACACAAUCUCCAGGUCUUCAGUAUUUCUUAUUAUAGUGAGCCCUUUACUAAGAUAUUAAUAUGUGUAUUAACUUAAGCACAGAUUUCAGAAUUUCCAGUCAAAUAUAAGGGAAAAUACCAUUUGGAGCAAGAUUUCAAUAAAUGCCAACAUCAAAGCACAA